GGCUCGAACAGAAGGAUAGAUGGAGAAGUUGGUGUAAAACUUUUGGAAUCGGGAACGGAUCACUUCGUUGAUAAAAGAAAUAUUGAGGUCAUUGUGGAUAGUGAGGUUUGUGACGUAAGAAGCUAUGACGAUUUGUAAAAGGACUUUUGAUUGGAAGGAUUGACUGCGCUGGAUGUUGUAUGAUUUGGCAGGACCCCACAGUUCCACUCCUUACGUCCAAAUUGGUCGCAGUAAAGUCUUCUAUAAGGUUGCCGUUUUCCUCUUGUUGGUGUCGUUUGUGUACGGAAGGCCUGAAAACGGAGUCGAAAAAAAGAGAGAUGAAAGAGAUCUGAAGUACCUGACGUACGAGCCCAGUGUCGCAAACCUACCGUACCUUCAAAUUCAAAAUUCAGCUGUACCGGUGUUGAUGUACUUCCCAGACUAUAAUGCCUUACUUGUGCCUGCUGAAUCGUUAUCAGCAGAAUUGCCUUCAACCAAGAGGAGAAGGCCUGUAGCAAGCCUGAUUAAACUUAUACAGUCCAAAGUGAACAGGGAAGAGGCUCAGGAAAACACAACAUUCCCAUCUCCAAGCGAAAUUGUGCAGCAACCGAUUGUGCAACAAGAAGGAGAAACCAUUGUGCAAGGGACUCAAGCUCCCCAAACAACUGAAACACUAGUCACUGUCCCUGAAAAAAUUGAACUGAAUAAUACAAACACCACAAACACAAAUAAAUCUGCCACCAGUCAUACAUUUGGCUUAGGAAAUCAAAAACCAAACCGUCCACUAAUAUCAUCAUUGAUAUAUAGACCUCCAUCACAGCAAUUGUUCCCCCACUAUUUCCCAAAUAUUUACCACUAUUUUCAGAAUAAAGAGCCAACCAAAUUUCCUUUCUCUGGAUUUUUAAGCCCAAAAACAACAUUAGAAAGUAGUUCACAUGGGCAACCAGUGAUAGAAUACUACACAAGAACACCAUCAUCACAGUCUUAUUAUUACAAUUCAUUCCAUAGGAAUGUUCCUUUAAAAAAUAUUAAUUCAUUUGGUGAUGAUGUUCAAAGUGACAUUACUGAUUAUGUUACAAAAAUUCAAGACACAAUCCUUCGUGAACAUGAGGACUCAUUGAAAAAUCCCAACAAACAAUCUAAUGAUUCUCCUGUUAUGGUUGCUUCGGUGCCUGUGGGGAAAGAUCAAACGACAAGUCUUGUACUUCGACCUGUUGCCAAAGCAGUGGCUGGAGCGAAAGGUGUUGCAGUAGCAUCACCCAUCGCAAAAGCUAUUCUCAGAAAGGGAGAACCAGUCGAUAUUGAUUUUGACCCUGAUGCAGUCGCUAUCGCUGGCCCUGGUGGGCAGGCCCAUGCUCAUCCAAAACUGAUCAUUUCAUAUUCAAAUGAUACCAAAAAUGAGUAACCAAAUAAUAACAACAAUUACUAAUAAAUUUAACAACUUGAAAAUAUUCCUCUGGAAAUGGAUCUUUUCUUGAGAAACAUUUUAAAUUUGCAUGCAGUGGUAUUUUCAUUUCUAGUUUAAUGGGCAUUCUAUUUUUCCAACUAGAUAGUUUUAAGAUGUAUUUAGGUAUAUUUUUUUCUUACAUUUUUUAUUUUCAAAUUGUGAUAAUUCAGUAACAGUCACAACUAAUUUUAUUUACAUGAAUUAGAAUCUUAACAGUAUUAUUUGUACCCAAAAGUAUUGAAUGUGUAAUAAGCAGUAUUAAUAAUUUAAGUACUUCUAUUUUUUUUAAUUAUAAGAAAAUAAAAAAUCAAUAAAUAGUUUAUCCCCUAAACCAAAAAUGUAUUGCUGUUUUCACUUAUGUACUGCAAAUGAUAACUAUUGAAUAUUUUUUUAGAGUUGUUUGAAAUGAAUUAGAGUGGUUUAUUGAAGGUUAAGGUAACUUUAUUGAAACUAACAUUGCAUAAGGUACAAGGAUGACAAUGUAACAUAUUGAAAUAAAGUUGGAAUAUGAGUAAAAGCAAUUGGGUAAUUUAGAAUGUGUAGUAGCAAUACUAAUGCUUUUAAACUUUUAGGUUAACGAUAUAUAAUAAUUUGUACCUAUGUAUACGCAAAAAAAGGCUGAUAUUGAUUAGUUGAAAGCAAUGUAUUAUCAACAAAUUUGAAAAUAAUUGUGCAAACUGAUUUAGAAAAUAUAUAUAAUUUUUACAAUAUAUUGUAAACAAAUUAGGACAAAUAGAGGUUCAUCUUGAAGGGGAAAAAUUGUUACAUUGCAUAAAACUGUUGUUUAAAAUAAAAAUGGUUAUCACUUG